AUGAGGAUCAAAAGCUUUGGACUCCUUUGUGUGUUGAUUCUGGUCUCCCAGAUGCUACUAGCCAACUGUGAAAGACAGAAGGAAAGAAAAAAGGGAAGACAAGGCAUAGAAGACAGUGGGAAAAAACCUGAAUCUAAUCAAGAAAAUGAAAAAGGGCAGAAGUCAAAAGGAGGAAAAUCAUCUCCUAAAGGCAAGUUUAAAACCAAAGAAAAUGCUGAAUGCACCUGGGCAGUGACCAACAUGAAUGCUCCUACUGUGCACGUAGAGUGCAAGCAUGGUAACAGCGAGUUCUGGUGCGAAUUCUCUGGAGACCCUUCCACCUGUCCACAGUAUGCAGCAAACCAGAAAUCCUACUGGAAACAAGUCUCUCGAUCCCUAAAGAAGCAAAAGCAGAUCUGUCAAGACCCCAAAAGUGUCCUGAAAUCUAAAGUAUGUAGGAAAGGUCCACAAAGCGCUCAUCUCAAGUUGACCCGCUCAAGCCUAGUAGCAUCGGUGGGUUCUGCAAAAGGGAACACAGUUCAUGUGCAGACUCCAGCAGCUGUCUCUGUGACUGAAAAAAAGCUAGAACACAGUCCUCAAGACUGUGUUGAAGAUGUAGAUUAUAUUGAUCAGAAAAAGGUGGCUGAGGAAUACUGUCCAGAAAGCUUGCUUUCUCUCUGCAACUUUUUUAUCACAAUGGUGCAAGAUAAAAAGUGUUGA